GGACCAACUGAUUACGCAAGAUGGUUCAACCUCCCACCCAGUAAGGAAAUGAGGCCUGCUUAUGAGGUAGAAUGGAGUUUCUUCUAUGAGCCUUUCUUCAUUCUCUCCUCCUCCGCUCCCUAUUACUAUGAAGGAUUCAAGGAGUACUCCUACGAACGAGGAAGCUUCGCGUGCGAGUUGAAAGCCCGUGGCUGGAAAUUCUUCGUCCUGAACAACGCAUUUGUGCUCCACGACGGAUUCAAAUUAACCAACAUGUUCGAAUUCUUCUUGAACAAGAAAGUCAGGAAGGAACUGGCGAAGACGGCAAUCAACCACCGCCUCUACCGAGCGGAGCUCAUCGCAAAGAUCGGGAGCCAAGCCAAGAAAUGCUCCUCCCUCUCUUACCGAACCCUGGAAGUUCUGCUUGUGCUCGCCGGACAUUUAUAAGGAAUACACGUCCAGCAAAAUGAGGAAGCAAGAAAACAUCUAGCAUAUUUUCACUGGUGAUUUUCACGCUAUUCUUCAAUUCUCAGUCAGCA